AUGGAAAUCCCAGCGUCCAUUCUGAUGUCGUCCGGAAUGCAUGCGUACGUCGCGGUGAAGGCGUCCGUGCACGCUGGCGAUAGUGCCGUUUUCGGCCUCACCGAAGUAGAGGCGAACGCGCUGUCAAAACGCUUCGACAAUUGGCGCAAGGAAGUGAUCAACGGCGUCCUGCUGAAGGCAGGCCCCGUCGACGUGAUUAACGCGCUCAGCGAGCUCGGCUACAAGGUGAUUACAUCCACUGGCGAAGCUGAAGUCGUCUGGACCAUGCAACGUGACAUCAUAAACAUCAUCAUCAUGGCAAAUUGUCAUCGGCAUUCUUGUACUUGUCAGGUGGGUGGUAGCUCCAAUGUUCAUCAGACACUUGAUGAACUUGAGUUCGAACGUGGUAUUUGGAGUGCGGCACAAACUGGUGAUGUAAAAAGAAUAGAACAGUUAAUUGCUAAAGGGACACACCCAAAUCAAACUGAUAAGAGUGGAUAUACUGCACUGCACUAUGCAGCACGAAAUGGACAUUUGGAGGUGUGCAAGUUAUUGUGUGAACAUGGCGCUUGUAUUAAUGCAACAACUAAGGCAGGUGUGGCUACUGCAUUACAUAGAGCUUGUACUGCAGGUCAGUUUAAAGUAACGCAAUAUUUGCUCUUAAAAGGGGCCAAUGUUGAACUACAAGACUCUGAUGGCAAGACAGCAUUACAUCGAGCUGCUGAGAAGGGUCACAUGGAGAUUUUCAAUUUGCUACAACAAUAUGUGAACAUUUCUUCCUCUAUAUAUGAAUGUAAAGACUUGAAAGGUAAACGGCCAUAUGAUUACUUGGAUAACAAAAUUUACCACUGAUGUAAUAAUUCAAGUAUGACUAUUUUCAACGAUUUAUAUUCAAGUAAAUUUUAAAUAUGAUAUACCAUAUGUACCUAUAUAAUAGCAAGAAAUUAAUUUCAGUGAUAAAUAUGAGUAAUUACCUAGUUUAUAAUUAUUUUAUUAAUUUGUCUCACGAAUGUCUUUCUUAGUCGGAUAUUUGAAAUAAUGCAAUGUUCCAAAUAGUAAUAAUUCAUUUCGGUGUGCGCUGUUUGUGUUAUUUGUUAUAUGUGGUUACGAACUGUCGGAAGCACUGUUUAAGCUUCAAUUAAAGCACUGUAUGUAUGUAUUGAAGUGUAAGCUGAAUAUCAAGGACACUAUUGAUUUUACUCCAAUGCCACAUUUACAUUUAUUGCGGUCGAUGUAAAGAAGUAAUGAUGGUUUUGACAUUGGAAUAAUUGAUUGUUUGUGUUUUGAUAUCACAAGGCUAUAUACAUUUAUACAAAGAAGAGUUCAUAGGGAUCUAUUUUUAUUAAAAAAGUAACAAAUAUUUUUAAUAUUAACACCAUGCUUCAUAUUCAACAAAUAGCUAGUUGUAAUGUAUUUGAAGAAGAAGAAAAAACGCGAUAAAUGAAGACAUUUUUUUGUACUAGUUUAUAAUUUGCAAGUGAUGUUUAUUUACUUAUUAAGGAAAAUUAGUCAGUCUAUACAAUGAAGUUUCAAUAAUAAUUUUAAUGCUUAAAAUAUUUUAAUAAUUUGUAGUAUUACUUAGUUUCUUGUAGUGUUUCACUGCUUUGAAUUUAUUUGAUUGAUUUCCAUUGUACCUAUCCACCUAUGAAUAUAAAUAAUUUAUUAACUGUG